AUGGCCGGUAAGCGUCUGCUGGACGCUGCAAAACUUCUCAAUGCCGGCAGCUCGAUCGCAAAGCAGCACUAUGCGGUCCGCCUGCAGCAAUGGGAGGCAUAUACGCGGACCUCGAGUCUGGGGAAAGCUGUCAAGAGUCAAACCGAUAGACUCACGGUGACAUUAGCGGCUGCGGCUGCCCUGUCAAAGAGAUUCAACGAGGCGGCUCCGCCAUGGCAACAGCAGCAGCAAUCUCCAUACCAAGGACCGCCUUCACCAGAGCGUAGUCGGGAUGGAAGUCUAUAUAAUACGGCUGCGAUCAAGCCUAGCGCUUCUGUAAACGCCGCAGAUACCGUCGCGCAGGCGGGAAAUGUGGAUCAUGAGCCUGGCAAAGCAAGCUCUGGCCAUGACAACGCGAACGAUUCCGACUCCAUCGUGAGAACCGCACCGAACGAAUCGCAUUCUUCUAUCCGCAUGAAGCAGUUACAAAGGCAGUCGGAAGGGCAAAUACCAGCCGUAUCUGCGGACACGCAGUCAGAGCAAGCAGUGAAUUUAGACCAAGAUACAUUUUCCGUGCGAGCAGAUCACUCUUCGCCAGAGCUGUCAUCCUUGCCUAGAACGAAGAUACCCAAGUAUACGGAAGACGGACCUACCGCCUCCAAUGCUAGGCACGCGCACGAGCUCAAUCAAGACACUUACCCUGUACCUGCCGAUUGUAAUGCUGGUCAACAACCCAACGAUGCUGAUACGAAUGUCUACUCCAGCCCCAAAGUCUCACGUAUGUUGGGUCAAGCCGAACCAGAGCGCAGCAAUCCUUAUCCUGGUAGGUCAAGAUUGCCGCCUCAGCCUCUUCCGGAGAUGGUAGCUGCACGAGAGCGAUGGCAGAAUAAAAGCAAGAAGCAGACCCGUGGCGAGAUGGAAGCUCAGGGCUCCUCGCCGUCAAAUGCGGGACUGGCUGAUGUGGAAACGCAACGGCUUGCUUCCACGAUCGCGAAAGAAGCAGAGUCUGGUAUAAAAUCUGCUGUGGCCGCCCAGCCCGAAGACGCACCGUAUCAGAUGCGUGAGUCGCGUGUACCAUCAUCUCGCCUUGGCCGACUAUGGCAGUACAGCGGCUUGGCAACCAGUAUGGCGUUUGGCGUAGUUGGAGAGAGCUUCAGGCGUAUGACCGGAGGUAGCUCUACCGGCAGUCUGAUGCUGAGCGAGGCCAACAUGGAUCGACUAGUAUCUAAGCUGAGCCGCAUGAGAGGUGCAGCGUUAAAGCUGGGCCAGAUGAUCAGCUUCCAGGGUACGCGUCAAGACUUCAAAGACGCGAGCAGAACUGACGACCUCGCAGAUUCCAAAGUCCUGCCACCGACCAUAAACGCCGUGUUACAGAGAGUGCAAGACAGUGCGGACUAUAUGCCUUCGUUCCAGCGCGACGAAGUUCUGAUUCGGAACUUUGGCCAAGAUUGGCGCAAGCUGUUCUCCGACUUUGAAGAGAGGCCUUUCGCAGCGGCCUCAAUCGGCCAGGUCCACAAGGCGAGACUUGCAUCCAAUGGAAAGGAGGUGGCCGUCAAGAUCCAGUACCCUGGCGUCAGAAACAGCAUAGACUCUGAUCUCAACAACCUGACUCUUCUGCUGACAGCCAGUCGCUUGUUGCCGAAGGGUCUCUACCUUGAGAAGACUAUUGCGAACGCUCGUGUCGAGCUCGGCUGGGAGUGUGACUACGAGCGUGAGGCAAAAGCUUGCAUACGCUUCCGGGAGCUUCUACGUGAUGAGCCGUCCGUGUUCGCGGUCCCCGAAGUCUUCACCGAGGCGUCUGGUCCUGACGUACUGACUGCGGAGUUCAUGACCGGAACAGGCGUUACCAAGUUGAAGGAUCUAAAACAAGAUGAGCGCGACUACAUCGGCAGCCAGAUUCUUCGUCUGUGUCUGCGAGAGCUCAUGGAGUGGCGAUUCAUGCAAACUGACCCGAAUUGGACGAACUUCUUGUACAACCGGCAGUCAAACAAGAUCGAGCUGCUUGACUUCGGGGCAAGCCGGGAGUAUCCUGACAAGUUCAUUGAGCCCUACGUCUCUCUACUUAUUGCGGCUUCCAAGCAUGACCGAAGUGCUUGCCGCGAGCUCUCCAUUGAGCUCGGCUAUCUGACCGGCGCCGAAAGCCAGGAGAUGCUUAAAGCACACGUUGACAGCAUUCUCACACUUGCUGAACCCUUUGUGGAGAGCGCACCGGACGUGUACGACUUUGAGGAUCAGACCAUUACGGACCGUGUGCGAGCAAACAUUGGCUUGAUGCUCAGGGAGCGAUUGAGUCCGCCGCCUGAGGAGACAUACAGUCUACACAGGAAGUUGAGUGGCGCGUUUUUGCUAUGUGCAAGGCUACAAAGUAAGGUUAAAGCCAAGGCUAUGUUUGAGCAAGCUGUAAAGGUCUGGGAAGGUCGAGAAAGAAGUCUAGAACAGCCUUCUUAA